AUGUAUAUUUACGAUGAAGAUUAUGACAUUUUAGGUGUUGAUGAUGUUGAUGACAAAGAGGAGGAUUUGAUAGAUGAUAAAGAUGUCGUCAAUUAUAACCCCUCCAAGAAGACAGCACUUUCAGCUCUUGCGAUCAGAAAAAACAUAAGCUUGGGAAUCAUUCAUUUCAUCAAAUCUCAAAAGAGCAAAAGCAAAAUAGCGAGAGGGAGCAAUGAUAAACAGUAUAAGCUCCAUUCAGAAGAACAUGGAUACGAGGAGGCUCUUGAAACUCAUGCAUAG